CGGCUGCGGGUUAUAGGACACGCAGGGCGCUCGCGGGAGGGUAGCGCUCUCGCAGCGGGACACGCGGGACCCACCGGACCCUCAGCACUGCGCAGGACCCCGCGGGACCCGGAACCUUCCGACAGGGUUAUGGCGGCCGCUCCGGGCGCCCGACUCCUGCGCGCCGCCUGCGCCUCCGUCCCUUUCCGCGGCCUGGACCGCCGUCGGCUGCUGGUCUGUGGGACCGGAGCGGGAACUUCCGUCCCUCCGUGGACCCCGAGUCCCCGCACGCGUGCAGAGGCCGGGCCCGGCCGGCCGCUGAGCGUGUCUGCGCGCGCGCGGAGCAGCUCAGAAGAUAAGAUAACAGUCCACUUCAAGAACCGAGAUGGCGAGACACUAACGACCAAGGGAAAAAUUGGUGACUCUCUGCUAGAUGUUGUGAUUGAGAAUAACUUAGAUAUCGAUGGAUUUGGUGCAUGUGAGGGUACUUUGGCUUGCUCUACCUGUCAUCUUAUCUUUGAGGAUCACAUAUAUGAGAAGUUAGAUGCCAUUACUGAUGAAGAGAAUGACAUGCUUGACCUGGCUUUUGGACUAACAGACAGGUCAAGGUUGGGCUGCCAAGUUUGUCUGACCAAAGCUAUGGACAAUAUGACUGUGCGUGUGCCUGAAGCAGUGGCGGAUGUCCGACAGUCUGUUGACAUGAGCAAGAAUUCCUAAGCUACAAUAAAAAGAAAUAUUUUCAGUAAAUUUUUACUUAUUUUUAUAAUUAUUUCUUAGUAUAAUUAAGUGAUUAUAUGACAGAAUAUAUAUCUUAGUGUGAGUAGCUGUGCUGUCUUAGUUCAUUUUUGUAGUACUGAAACUUUGCAGUUUUUAUUUUGAUUAAAUUAUUAAAAUAUCAGUCUACUAUUAGAAGGCAGCUGAUAUAAUAAAUUCCUUAUGUAUUUUACCAUGAGUGUGUUUGGUGAUUUUAGCAAAACAUUACUGUGUAAUCCCAUGUCUGCUUUUUUAAAAGUUAAGUUUAAAGAGUAUCAUUAGUGCUGGAAAAUUAGCUCAACAAUUAAGAGCACCGACCGUUCUUCCAGAAGACCCAGUUCAAAUCUGACAGCUACAUGGUGCCUCAUACUGGUCUGUAAUUCCACUUCUGGCCCCUGCAUACAUGUGGUAUAUUGACAUAAUAAGGGAAACAUUCAUACACAAGAAAUAAUAAAAUAUCAAGAAAUGUAAAA